GCGUGGAAGUAUUCUAGUUUUGUGGUUUUUUUCGAAAUAUUUUGAAAGUAAUUUUUGUGAUUGUGUCACAAUAACAUCGUUCGCUAUCAGUGAAUCAUAAGUCAAUUAAUGAAAAUGUAAGUUAGACGCGGCGCGACGCGAAAUAAGCGUAUAAACAUUGUGCCCGGGCUUUCCGAGUUGAUAUAUUAUGGCGUCGAACGACGAAACUUCAACAGACGAUGAAAAUAAAGAGUAUUUCGCGAAGAAUAGCCGUUUCGACGCGAUGCGACCGGUGCAACAGUGUUUGGCGUGUUUGUCAUCUUGGUCGAGCUGCACUUGUCGCGUGUCGAACAACUUUGGCAUAUCCAACGGAACAAAUAACAUAGACAAUCUGUCGAAUGGGCAAAGGAUUUCCAGUUUUAAUCCAGUGGGUGAUGUUACUGAUGUGGACAAGGCUCGUGCUCGUGAACCGUUCAUCUCUUGUUCGAUGAAUUAUGACAACAGUCAAUAUGCCAAUGAGACAGUGACCAGCUCAACGAAUUGCCUGGACGAGUCAACCAACCACACCAGUGAUACGAAUGAAGAGGAUGAAGACAGUGUUAGUUAUGAAAGGGACAAAGUGUAUCUUACUGGCACUGAUGACUUAAUGGAAACAUUGCCUAAAAUGGGCAACAACUGCAAGGACUUGAUCGAGUACAACAACCACCACCAAUCAAUAUCUCCAAUGAGUGAUAUCGAGAACAAGGAGAAUUGCAUCAUACCAUUUAAAAAAGAGGCGGUGUCUCCUGUUAUGGACUCUUCGGAUAACUCAUCCAAGCAGUCAUUCUCUGAAAAUAUUGAUCAUAUCAAAUCAGAAGAUGACAUUAAAUUUUCAGAUAAAGUCUGUGAUUCCACUUGCAAUAUUAGUAAUGUAAAUAUAGAUUUAGAUAUCAAGAUCCACAAGAAAUCUGAAGCAUCUUUAAAUUGUGGCCUUCUUAAUUCAAAUGUGAAUAACAAUAAUAUAAAUAUAUCUUCUACACAGAAUGAUAUACCUGUUAAGCCAAAGAAAGCAUCCCCCAUUGAAACACUCGACUAUGAUCGGCUUAAAGGUAAAAGAGGAAUUGAAUUGCUCACUGCUAUCGAAGAACAAUCAACCAUUAACAUAAUUAGCGACAAGUACUCCGACUCGGGGGAUGUAUGUUCACCAAGGAAGAGCCGAACAAGAUCCAUGGACGUCGCCUCCACACCCCAAGCAGGUAUUAAGAGGUCCCAUUCGGUAGACGUCAAUGACUCAGAGGCGAAACUUAGGAAAAUCGAGUUCUCCGACUGCGAAUCAAAAAAUCAAACACCCGUUAAAUCUGAGAAGAAAAAGGAUGAAAAGUACAAAGAUAGAAAGUCAAAGAAGCACGAGUCAAAAAGCAAGGGAUUAAAAAAGAAGAACGUCACCACACAGACCAAAAUAAGGGAACAAGUGCAUAUUAAUAAUGUCCACGAUAAGGACGAAAUCACACCUAGAAUACUCACCAAUGGAAAUUACAGUUAUCCUCCAGAUGAUAAAAACUUAAAAUACAGAAGGUUUUACCACAUAGAGACGCACUCAAACGGCGGUGCAAAAAUCCUACGAAUGUACCACGACGAAAUCAAACACUUAGACCCGACUGAGAUGAAAGAGCUGGCCUUGGAGUUUUUCAGUCUUGCUUUCUCCGAGGACGAGAAUGAGCACGCCAUCUUCGUGGUGGCCGUGGUCCACGGUUCCGGCAAUUAUCUGCCGGACAUCCUGGAGUACAUGGCCGAAACUUAUCCCAAUUUGACUGUGAAGAACGGCCUGUUGAGCAAGAGUUCGGACAUUGAGACCACCACACUGGCAGCCUACAAUGAGAACGUGUGCAAGCAUUACGACAGCGGGACUGUCAGGUAUGGACCAUUGCAUCAAAUAAGCAUCGUAGGAACUGCCCAUGAGGAAGUGGGUGGAUAUUUUCCGGACAUGCUGUCCCUGCUGGAGGACAACCAAUUUUUGGAACUGACAAUGCCGUGGGGUGCCCUUUCGAUAUGCGACCAAAUGAAGCCGACCGAAUCGAAUGACGGGCCCAUAAUUUGGUGCCGUCCCGGUGAACAGCUCGUGCCCACCGCCGACUUAAAAACCCCCAACAAGCGGAAGAGGACCGGCAUAAACGAGCUGAGGAACCUGCAGUAUCUGCCGAGGAUGUCGGAGGCGAGGGAGCAUCUGUUCGAAGACCGCACCAGAGCCCAUGCCGACCACGUUGGCGCCGGUCUGGACAGGAAGACCACCGCGGCUGUGGGCAUACUGAAGGCGAUACACGGCGGCAAAAACGAGGGUCCAAUUAACCGUAUCACCAAGGACGUCGUUGCCUUCUCGGCCAAGCAUUUCGACGUGCUGGCCGAGAAGUUACAGUUGGACCUACACGAACCCCCGAUAUCACAAUGUGUUACGUGGAUUGAAGAUGCGAAGCUGAAUCAGCUCAGAAGGGAGGGCAUUGAGUAUGCCAGAAUAAAUUUGUAUGAUAACGACAUUUACUUCUUGCCAAGGAAUAUAAUACAUCAGUUCAGGACUGUUACUGCUGUCACAAGCAUUGCCUGGCACGUGCGAUUGAGGCAGUACUACAAGCUGGAGGAUUUCGAGCCUCCGGCAGAGAACUGCACUAGCGGGGUCGACGACCACAAGGAGAAAAACCACAAGACGCCGCACAAGGUCAACCACGACGCCAAAGUCGACAAGGUGAAGCACAAACUGGACUUCGAGCUCAAGUCGGCGGAACGCAAAAAGUCUCAUGGUGACGACAAGGACAAGGACAAGUCCAAGUACAAAGACGAGAAGGACAAGUCGAGGGACAAGGACAGGGACAGAGAUAAGGACCGCGACAAGAAGCGGGAUAAGGACAGGGAUAAAGACAGACACAGGGACAAAGACAAGGACAAGGAUCGAGACCGACACAGAGACAAGUCCAAGUACGACAAAGAUCGCAACCAUCACCACUCGUCGUCGUCGUCCUCGUCACACCGACACGACAAGGACAAAGACAAACACCGUCACAGGGAUCACAAAAGCGACAAGCAUCGCAGUAGUGACAAGAAACAUUCGUCCUCAUCUUCCAAGUCCCACCAUUCUUCCUCGCCUUACAAGGACAAAGACAAGGACAAGGACAAGGAAAGGAAAAGUACUGAUUACAAGUCGUCGUCGUCGUCGUCGUCGCAGGUGAAGUCCUCGAGUGGUGUGAGUGGUGAGCAACAGGCGAAGUCCGGAGUGAACAAUAAUGUUCUCAAAACGCCCAGCAGUAAUAACGCCACCAAUCCCUCGAGCAAGUCGCCGUCGGAUCCGUCCGCGACGCCGAGCAAGAAACCCAGGGAUAAGAUCCAGAAGAAACAGAUGCCUCAAUCUGCUGAUGUCCUAGGUGAUAUUUUAAAACAUAUGAACAAAUAGCCCCCCCGAAAGUUUAUGUAUCCUUACGGAAUAUCUCGUCAUUAGGUCCGGAUUAGAUUUAAUACAUAGAUGUAAUUAUUUAUUGAUUCGUUUAAAAGUAUAUAUUUUUUAAUGUAGUUUAUUCAUUUCGUUACGGACUUAUUUACGGGAUAUUCGUUUUACGAUUAACUUACAGUGUGUUAAAAUUGGCAGGUGUCUCAAAAUGUUGUAUAUUUAAAUAUGCUGAGACGUUUGCUUGAUGUAUUUUAGCCAACGUUAGAAUCUCCUAAAUAUUUAUUGUUUCAGAACUUUAAAUUUGUUUCAUAUGUUUAAAUGUACAUAAACUAGAAACAGUUAGAAAUAUCUUGAAUACAAUAUUUUAAUGUAUAAGUAAACAUGAACAAUUUUAGAAGUGCAGACUUCUGGAAUUGCCUUUAUGAUGCUAUUUGCAAGUAAAUUUUUAUAAUUAUACAGUCUAUGCCCUUUGUAAACAUGAGCCAUAAGGCAGAUGGUAAAUUAUUUUUUUACGUCUGUAAAAUUCGAAACAAGUAAAAUCUAGUCAAUUUCGUGAAAUUAACAAUUCACAUUGGUACUUAUUAAAUUAAUGAGUUAGGUUGUAGCUUUCGUAUCAUACCGUAGAUAUUUAUAUUAAAUUAUUAUUAGUAAUUUUUGUAUUUCAGCAAACAUCGAAAAUAUCCUUCCAUUAUUUUUAAUACUUUUCAUUUUCUAACUGAUAAUGAGCUUGACUAUUAUUACUUUUUAAAUAAUCCAUAGUGUUUAAUGUUGCAGAUGAACUUAAAAUUAAUAAAAUACUUAAUUUUCAAUAUUGUUACUACUGUAUUCAUCAGAUACUCAUACUUAAGGAGUUUGCAUAUUAGAACAUUUCGAAUUUGUGACUUUUAAUUAAAGGCUACAAAUUCAAGACGUUCUAAUAAGCAAAACACCUUAAUUCAAACUUGAACAAAUCAAUUUCACUGUCAUUUUCUUUUCUAAAUAUAAUUUAAGGCUAAGACUGUAUCAAGCUAAUUAUGAGUACAAAUUUAGUAUUAGUUCGAGUGUUUUUGUUAAUAGAAAUGGCAAAUGGCAUCUAAAUCAAGCAGUCGUACAUUUAUUUACUAAGAGAAUGGAUCACCAUUCUGCAGAUUUGUCCAAACAACAUUUCCUAGUUGGAUCUCACCAUACUGUUUGUUUAUUUUAUUUAAGAUUAUUCAAUGGAACAGUAUGGUUAUUAAAUAUUGUAAAUAAUGUACAGUUAGAUAUUGUACAGUUUUAUACAUAGCGAAAACCUUUAAGCGUUGUUGUAUAGGUAGAAAUGUAUAACAAUGUUGGAAAGUUUUUAGUAACAACUAAUAUUUUUUCAUAUCACAAGCAAAAUUUUACAUUCGUUUCUACCUCUAAGAAAAAUAUAUAAAUAAUAUAUAUAUAUUUUUUGUGUGUUUUAGCUUUAAACUGUUUGCAAUGUGAGAUUAUCAUUCUCAUUCCAAACAGUUUCAACCAAAAAGCACUCAAAGUGGGUGGUUAUAUGAGGCAUUUGAUUUACAGUCCCUUUUAAUGUUAAUUAUAAAUUACUAUAGUAUACACAACAAACAAUAUAGGUACUUAGCUCAGUUUUACAGUUCUGUCAAAGAUUAAAUAGAUAUGUUUAUUAGUAGUACCCUCUGCCAGUAAACAUAUUUAUUUAUCUUUGGUUCUAUCACGUUUCCUUAAUAGAAAAAAUGAUGUUCACCAACAGUUAUGCAUGUGUAAAUCAAAUGUAACAUAUUAUAAAAUUUUAAUAAUAUUUGGUUGAAUUUGGAUGGAAUAAAACAGAAGAUAAUCAUGAAUAUUACCCCUUUUAAUUUAUUUUAAUAGAAUAAGAAAAUAUAACACCUUCCUUCAGAAAAAUCACAUAUUUUCUUACUGUGUUCCUUUAUUCUAAGGAUUUAUUCAAAGGUGUAUUGUAUUUUUGAUGUGAUAAUUUUAUAUUAUAGACAGGCUUCAUAUACCUUUCUUCAUAAAGUGUUCAUAUAAUCAUCACAUAUUUACAUUAUUCAAUUUAGUAAGAUAGAUAAGGUUAUGGCUAAUAUAAUUUUCCCCGCAUCACGUUUUUACAUUCCAUACAGUAUUCUUCUUUUCUGAAAAAUAUCCUGUCAAUUAUGAA